GCGGGGCUGGCUCUGCGCGGGGGCCGCCCGCCGCGGCUGAUGCCGCUGCCGCUGCCGGCCGCCCGCGGGGUGGCUGAGGCGGGUGGAGGGGCUGGGGCCGGGGGAGGCGGCGGGCGGCUCCCGGCCAUGUGGCGGCCAGGGGUCCGCGGGCUCCUGGGCUGGGCGUGCCUGCUGCUCCUGCCGCCCUGUGCCCUGGUGCUGGUGGCGGUGCCCGGCUCCGCGUCCCACCCGCAGCCCUGCCAGAUCCUGCGGCGCAUCGGGCACACCGUCAGGGUGGGGGCCACCCACCUGCAGCCCCGCUCCGCCGCUUGGCCCGUGGAGGCGGCGGGAUGGAGGAGGGCGAGCGGCAGCCCCGAAGGGGUGAUCGCAGCGGGGCCCCGGAGCAGUUGGCCGGGGGGCGGCGGGGAGCGGCGGCUGCCCCCCUCGCCGCGGGACGCGCUGCUGCUGGCUGUGGCGAACCUCAACAGAGUGGCCGGGCUGCUGCCCUACAACCUGUCCCUGGAGGUGGUGAUGGCGAUCGAGGCGGGGCUGGGCGACCUGCCCCUCUUCCCCUUCUCUUCCCCCAGUGCCUCCUGGAGCAACGACCCCCUCUCCUUCCUGCAGAGCCUCUGCCACACAGUGGUUGUGCAGGGGGUCUCCGCCAUCCUUGCCUUCCCGCAAAGCCGCGGGGAGAUGCUAGAGCUGGACUUCAUCUCGGCGGCGCUGCGCAUACCCGUCGUCAGCAUCGUGCUGAGCGAGUUCCAUCGGCGGAGUCCGAAUCCCCUUCACCUGCAGAUGAGUUUAGAAAACUCACCAAGUUCUGAUGCUGAUGUCACUUUCUCAAUCCUUGCAAUGAACAACUGGUAUAAUUUCAGCCUGAUGCUAUGCCAGGAAGAGUGGAACAUCACGGAUUUUCUCUUCCUCACACAACAGAGCUCUAAGUUCCACCUGGGAUCCAUUAUAAACAUCACAGCAAACCUCACUUCAGCCAGCGACCUGCUGAACUACUUACAGUUUUACCUGGAGGGCAUCAAAGACACAGUGUCUACCAUGGUGAUGUUUGGAUGUGACAUGGAAAAAACACGAAGGAUUUUUGAAAUAACUACCCAGUUUGGUGUGAUGCCUCCAGAACUUCACUGGAUUAUUGGGGAUUCACAGAAUGUAGAAGAACUCAGGACAGAAGGUUUGCCACUCGGUCUCAUCGCUCACGGCAAGACAACACAGUCAGUCUUCGAGCAUUAUGUACAGGAUGCAAUGGAGCUGGUAGCAAGAGCUGUAGCAGCAGCCACCAUGAUUCAACCUGAACUGGCUCUUAUUCCAAGCACAAUGAACUGCAUGGACACAGAUGAAAAGAAUAUCACUUCAGGGCAGUAUUUGUCAAAGUUUUUAGCCAACACAACUUUUGACGGUCUCAGUGGCCACAUUAAGGUGAAAGGGUCCUCCAUUGUCAGCUCAGAAAACAACUUCUUCAUCUGGAAUCUACAGCAUGACCCUAUUGGGAAGCCAAUGUGGACGCGUCUGGGAAGCUGGCAAGAAGGAAAGAUAAUAAUGGACUAUGGGAUAUGGCCAGAACAGGCCCAGAGGCAUAAAAAUCACAUGCAACACCCCACCCGGCUGCAUCUCAGAGUGGUAACUCUCAUUGAGCAUCCAUUUGUCUUUACAAGAGAUGUAGAUGAUGAAGGUCUUUGCCCAGCAGGGCAGCUGUGCCUGGAUCCUUUGACCAAUGAUUCAGCUGUGCUGGAUAACCUGUUUGAAACGCUUCAAGGAGGGAAUGACACGAUUCCCAUUGAGUUGAAGAAGUGCUGCUAUGGCUACUGCAUUGACCUGCUGGAGAAGCUAGCUGAGGAUAUGAAUUUUGAUUUUGACUUGUACAUUGUCGGUGAUGGAAAAUACGGAGCCUGGAAGAACAGCCACUGGACAGGGCUGGUGGGAGACCUUCUUGCUGGCACAGCUCACAUGGCAGUGACAUCAUUUAGCAUUAACACUGCCCGCAGCCAAGUGAUUGAUUUCACCAGCCCUUUCUUUUCUACCAGCUUGGGCAUCUUGGUGAGGACCAAAGACACAGCAGCUCCUAUUGGAGCCUUUAUGUGGCCACUUCACUGGACUAUGUGGCUGGGGAUAUUUGUUGCUCUGCACAUCACAGCGAUAUUCCUCACCUUAUAUGAGUGGAAAAGUCCUUUUGGGAUGACCCCGAAGGGAAGGAAUAGGAACAAAGUCUUCUCUUUCUCCUCCGCUCUGAAUGUCUGCUAUGCAAUCCUGUUUGGAAGAACAGCUGCCAUCAAACCCCCCAAGUGCUGGACUGGAAGGUUUUUAAUGAAUCUCUGGGCUAUUUUCUGUCUGUUUUGUUUGUCCACAUACACAGCCAACCUGGCUGCUGUCAUGGUAGGAGAAAAGAUCUACGAAGAGCUGUCUGGAAUACAUGACCCAAAGCUCCACCACCCAUCCCAAGGGUUUCGGUUUGGAACCGUGCGAGAAAGCAGCGCAGAAGACUAUGUGAGGCAAAGCUUCCCAGAGAUGCAUGAGUACAUGAGACGGUACAAUGUCCCUGCAACCCCAGAUGGAGUGGCAUAUCUAAAGCAUGAUCCAGAGAAACUCGAUGCCUUCAUCAUGGAUAAAGCACUUUUAGAUUAUGAAGUAUCAAUAGAUGCUGACUGCAAGCUUCUAACUGUGGGAAAGCCGUUUGCCAUUGAAGGAUAUGGUAUUGGUCUUCCCCCCAAUUCUCCACUCACCUCAAACAUCUCUGACCUGAUAAGUCAGUACAAGUCCCAUGGUUUCAUGGAUGUUCUGCACGACAAAUGGUACAAGGUUGUUCCAUGUGGGAAAAGAAGCUUCGCUGUCACGGAGACGCUCCAGAUGGGGAUCAAACAUUUUUCUGGGCUCUUCGUAAUGCUAUGCAUUGGCCUUGGUUUGUCCAUUCUCACUACCAUUGGGGAACACAUUGUGUACAGACUGGUCUUACCACGAAUCAAGAAGAAAUCCAAGAUGAAAUACUGGCUCCAUACAAGUCAGAGAUUACAUCGUGCUCUGAACAGUUCAUUUAUUGAAGACAAACGCCAGCGGAAGAAAAAAAGAGUAGAAAAGAGGUCCCAUAUAGGGAAUAGCCAGCAUGCUGUGUGGAAUACAGCCAAUCUGGGCAACAGCCACCGGAAAAAAUAUAUAUGCACUGAUGAGGGGCAAAAUGAGGUGAUGGUCCAACAGCACCAAGACAUCCCACUGCCACCGGUGAAGAGAGAGACUCCAGCUUCCUUAACAACCAACGGGAAAGCAGAGUCCCUCGGUAUUGCUAGGAUGUCAGUGGUGGAAGAGCUUACGGAGCUGGAGAAGCAGAUCGAAAUCAUCAAGCAGGAGCUGCAACUCGCUAUGGACAGGAAAUCAGAGCUGGAAGAGUAUCAGAGGACAAAUAGGCCUGCAGAACCCUAAGCCAGCAUACCUGGGCCCUUUCUCCUUUCUUCCUUUCUCCCCUUCUGUAAAAUUUGUAACACACUUUUAUAAUGCCAGAAAGAGGUGCAACAAUAAAGCAGGCAAUAUGCUCUUCAUGA